CACACGUGAACAGCGCGAGCAUGCGUCGGGAACGAGGAAAACAGGAAAAAGGCGGUUUGUAAGUUCGGGAUGAACCUUCCGGGCCAAUGACCGUCUGCAACCGUUUCGGACACAAUAACCUCGCCCUAGAAAUAACCCCAGAAAUAAGAGACCUUCCGAUAGCUAGCAGGUGAAAACUGAUGCAGGAUUCACUAUGUCCAGGACAGACGUCUCAGAAGUAAAGAGACACCCUUAUCCAGAACGACAUACAAUUUUCAGUCAUAUUUCAGAGUAGCUCACACCAGACGGAGCUGUAUGUGGGGGUUCCCUCCACAUGCCUGCCAAUCGUUUACUCCCCGGAGUAUAACAUCACCUUUAUGGGGCUGGAGAAGCUCCACCCCUUUGAUGCAGGCAAAUGGGGCAAAGUCAUCCACUUUUUAAAAGAGGAGCAGUUCAUCACGGAUGAGACCAUAGUCCCAGCGAGGGAGGCUAGCGAGGAGGACCUCCUCGUGGUUCACACCAGACGCUAUCUGAGCAGACUCAAGUGGUCCCUGGUGGUUGCCACUAUCACAGAAAUCCCUCCUCUCAUAUUCCUGCCCAACUUCUUGGUUCAGCGUAAAGUACUAAGGCCACUGCGAACCCAGACGGGUGGCACCAUCAUGGCCGGAAAGCUCGCCAUGGACCGAGGAUGGGCCAUAAACGUAGGAGGGGGUUUCCACCACUGCUCCAGUGACAAGGGCGGCGGUUUCUGCGCGUAUGCGGACAUCACGCUCACCAUCAAGUUCCUGUUCGAGAGGGUCGAAGGCGUAUCCAGGGCCACCAUCAUUGAUCUGGAUGCUCACCAGGGUAACGGACACGAGAGAGAUUUCUUGGAUGACAGACGGGUUUACAUAAUGGAUGCCUAUAAUCGCUACAUCUAUCCAGGAGACGGCUACGCUAAGAGGGCCAUUCGGAGGAAGGUGGAACUGGAUUGGGGUACGGAGGACAUUGAGUAUCUGCAGAAGGUGGAGCUCCACUCUGAGGGUGCCCUCAACGAGAUCAGACCCGACAUCGUUGUCUACAACGCGGGCACAGACAUCCUGGACGGCGACCCUCUUGGAGGCCUGGCCAUAUCGCCACAGGGUGUCGUGAAGAGAGAUGAGAUCGUGUUUAAGGCAGCCCGUAGCCGGGGGAUCCCCAUUCUCAUGGUGACGUCGGGGGGCUACCAGAAGAAAACGGCCCGCGUCAUCGCAGACUCCAUCCUCAACCUGCACAGGCAGGGUCUGAUUGGUGAAGAAGUGCUGGACGGGGCGGGGCCUUCCACGGUACCGGUCAUGAUGAGCAAAUCGGUGUCGUCGGGAGCAGCCAUCGGUGCCAUGUGACAUGUGUGACCGCCGUGAUUGGUCCAUCUGACUGAAACAGGCAGCGCUGUCCUUGGUAACAGAAGGGGUGGUAUGGGACCCGCUACGGGUCGGCGUUCAUCUGAAGGAAGAGGACUGCUUGGCUUAUGUUCUUGGCUCAUGUUCAUGUUCAUGUUCAUGUUCAUGGUCCUCAUCCCAUCAGCCAUUUCUGAGUGAUACUUUACUAGUGACAGAUCAGAUCUUAUAGCCAUAUUUCAUCCCUCCCCUUUUAAAAAAUAACCCGUGCUUACAUUCCUUUUGCGUUUUAAAAUUCCACUUUAAAUGAUGAUAACAAAUAGUACAGCAAUUCCAAGAUAAGCAAAGAUUCAUCAGGCUGUGAGCAAGUUUGCCAAAAUUUUCCUCUGCGCUCUUUUUGAAUGGAGGGAUACUAACCACCUCUGUGGCUGUACCAUAACCCGUAGAUCAUCUUUUCUGAGGUCUGAACUAAAUCUUUUUGGUCUAGCGCAAUGCAGGCUUAGUCUGAAUCCAUUCUGGGUGUUUCGUAGCUCUGUUACACUAUGCCAGGAACUUGCCCUUCAUUUAGUCUGUGAGCUGGGCCCUACUCCAAGAGGAAGGCAGGUCGGAAUUUGCAAUACUGAACAUGAAGGUGUGGGCUAACGUCAGUCUCGGGGUUGCAAAUCACACUGAGGCGAACUUGUAGUCUGGAGUAACCCUUAUCCGCUCUGGAGACGCUUUAAAAAAACGACCCUGUCACCUAGACCCGAAACCGUGGAACAAGGGGACACUAAAUCAUUCUGAUGUGUUGCAAAAGAGAUUCUUGUUAAGGGAGGGGCCUCAGAGACGUCCUCUCCAUCUCUCAGGAAAUGGCUCCGUCCAGAAGCCAGAUUCUUAACAGUGGUUUGCCUUGAGGGACCGCCCCAGCGAAACCCUUCAAAAAGAGAAAACAACUUGCACUUAAUUAGUUGGAAAUGUAUUUUAACGACCCCAACAGCGAAUCCGUUCUUAUUGUCACCGCUCUUUGUUCUCCAGUCCAAUAGCAGCGAGAGGUGGACCAGACGUGAAAGCGCCCUCCUCCGAAAGGGCUGCUUUCUCUGAUGCAGCUCUUGUUGAAGGGUGUCCUCCCUAACGCUUGCCUCCUAGGUGGUGCACCAACCUCCCCUCAGGGCCUCCCCUCUGCCCCUGCCCUCGCCCGACCGGACACAAGAAUUUACAGUCAAGGGUCCAUCUUAGUCAAGGCCCGCCGACUCGCUGGAAGGAGCCUGGUAGCGGCUGCUAACGAGCACGUUAAGACGCUCGGCCCUCUCUCUCUCUCUCUCUCUCUCUCUAUCUUCUACUUCUAUCUGAGAGGGGCGGGGCCUGUGGGCCCAUCUGCCGUCUGAGAGCUUUAUAAUGGCCUCCCAGAGAGCUCUGCCAGACUGAUGAGCUCGCGCCGACAAGGAGUGCGUGAAGGCGGCCGCGAGCGCGAGGUUCAGCGCGCGACGUUUUCGGCUGAUGGCUGCAAGGACAGGUCAAUAGCAGUGCUGUCAGCAGGUCAAUAGUAGACCGGGUCAAUACUAGUGUCCUUAGCGGUACAGAAUAAUACUUACUAACCUCAUGUUUUUCCACACGAUCUCUAAGGUCUUACGCUGGAAUAUUUUCCCUUUAUUGAUGCAGAUGUUUUUUUUAUAUUGAUAUGAAUUUAAUUAAAGCUGAUGUCCGCUCACAUGUCCCUCUCAGGGCAGUUUGGUUCAGUGCACUUGUGUGUCUCAGUAAAUACGUUUACUUAUGUGCUUUAUUACUGGACAUUUUUGUCCUCGGUAACCUUGUAUUCCGCAUUGUGACGCAUUCUAACAAUUAACAAAAGUGCCAAACAUCAUCUUUUAUUUAUGGUUUCAUGUUUUUUUUUUGUUUUUUUUUGUGUGUGUGUGUGUGUAUCUGGUGUUUACAUUUAAACCACUUUUAUGUGAAAAUGUGAAAAAUAAAUCCACUUUAACUCAGCAAUUA